AUGGCGCCUGGCAAAUCUAAAAACCUUGUCCCUAAUUCUUUGAAAAUGCACCAGACUCGAGCAACGCUUCCGCGGAAGAGCAAGGAACGGCACUUGUUCUUUCCGUCCCCCGCUGGAGGAACCAACACUACAAAAGAGACGGAGGAACCACCUGCUGGUCGUCACCCUACCGGACAGCAUCAAAAGACUAAUCAUCGGAGCCUCGAUGAGCUCAACGCUGCUGAUGGCGCUGGAACGUCCGAGCUUUCGCCGACCACUGGUGUCACUCCGUCCCAGCCAGCCAAGGCUUCGGGCCAGCCCGCCAAGGCUUCGGGCCAGCCCGCCAAGGCUUCGGGCCAGCCCGCCAAGGCUUCGGGCCAGCCCGCCAAGGCUCCGGGCCAGCCCGCCAAGUCUCCGGGCCAGCCUGUCAAGGCUACUGCAGUCCCUGCCGACACCGCUGGUGGUUCCGAAGGCUCCGGUGACGGUGGUCAUCCCCCUGCUGUCAUCGAAACUAUCGAAAAUUGUGUCGCUGUCGCCGCAGCUUAUGACGAGGAGGAGCGCGACGAACCCUUGGUGAACGACGAGCUGGUAGCCAAGGCGGGUACUCAAAAGGCGAUCGCGGAUACAUAUCGCAAGGAGAACGAGCGUAGGGCGGCGGAAUUGAAAGACUGCCUCGUGCUUAUCACGCACCUUGCUAAGAAGGCCUCGGAAGUUGACGCGGGCGCUCUCACCUGGGAAGUGUACACCAAGAAGUCUUGCGAUGAGUUUCUGUACAACCGAGAGAUGCUCAAUCUUAGUCCCGACUCUGAUGACAUGCUGAAGUCGCUCAUAAGGCAUUCGGGCCACACGCCAGACUCACCCGAAGGCUUGAAAGUGGCUGCAAUUGCGACGUCGCAAGGCAAGCUGAGGCAUGCCUGUGUGCGUUUCAAUGAUCGCAUCGUCCCGUUUUCCACCGACGGUUUUGUUCUAUGUGCUGCUCUGUGGGACUCUGAGUGGGACGGGUCCCUCCCGAUUGCCUUGUUUCCUGAGCAGCUUCUUGUGCUGCUGGCAGUAGUGCGCUCCAAAUCGCGCAAUCCCUGCUGCAAGGCCCAGUUCACGCGUUCCGGGGAUCCUGGAGCUCUUGCCAGGCAGGCACGGGUGGUGCAGCGUUGGAUCAACGCCACCGAAGUUAAGCGCGAUGGAGAGUGCAUUGGCAUCGGGAAGCUGUGCACCGUCGGUUGGACCGACAUUUCUGAAGAGGAGCUAGCGGGGGAUGAGCUUGGGGAUCUGUCACCUGAUGAUCUUGUCCCGACCAGCGCUCAUCGCAGGGUUUAUUAUCCGAACGAGGUGCAGGUAGAACUGUUCUAG